AUGGGUCUUUUACUUUCAAAAUUAUGGAAAAAACUUACUAAUACUGAGGAAGUAAAAAUAGUAAUUGUUGGACUGGAUAAUGCUGGAAAAACUACCGAUCUAGGUGGACAAGAUUCGUUAAGAGCCACAUGGAAGACAUAUUAUGUAAAAACAAAAGCUGUGAUAAUGGUGAUUGAUAGCACAGAUAAGAAUCGACUACACAUUAGUAGAAAAGAACUACACACAAUGAUGGAAGAUGAAAAUCUAGUGAAUUCAGUGUUGUUGGUUUAUGCUAAUAAGCAAGAUAUGCAAGGUUCAUUAUCAGCUGCUCAAAUUUCUGAAGCUUUAAAUCUCACAAGCUUAAGAGAUAAACAAUGGCACAUACAGGCAUGUUGUGCAUUAACAGGAGAAGGGUAA